UCCAGCUAUUCGCGCGGCUCCGUCCCGAAAAGGAAUCUUAUCCAGGAUAAUAGGCUACCCAAUUUAUUUAAAAAGAAACAACUAUCACAUUGGACAUGGACACCACUGAGACGACCUCGAUGGAGCACUUUGUGACGGAGCUGAACGUGCUUCUGAAGCUGCUGGAGCAUGAGAGCGUGAGCUCCGCCACUGCUGAGAAGAUGACUGUGGUGAGGAACCUACUGAAGCAGCUUCACCCACCAGUUAAUGGAUCAGACUUUAUAUAUAUGAACACCUCCCUGUAUGGAAAUGGUACCAGUUUUGUGGAGUCUUUGUUCGAGGAGUUUGACUGUGACCUGCAGGACUUGAGGGCUUCUCCCGAGGAAUUAAAGGAUCAAGUGGAGGAUACCUCAUCCAAGGAGCCCCCCUCUAAAUCAAGUCCCACGGACACCCCUCCCCCGCCCCCGCUCCCCACGACCCCUCCCCCAGAGGACUACUAUGAGGAGGCGGUGCCGCUGGACCCGGGCAAGUCCCCCCAGUACAUCACCACGCGCAGAAAUUCCAGCCCACCAAACUCCAUAGAGGACAUUUACUACGAGGACGCAGACAACAACUACCCCACCACUCGCAUGAACGGACCCCGCAAGAACUCAUAUAAUGAUUCGGAUGCUCUGAGCAGCUCGUACGAGUCGUACGAUGAGGAGGACGAUGAGGCGAAGGGGCAGGGGCAGGAGCAGGAGCGGACGCGGCGCUGGCCCUCGGAGGACACCACAGUGGGGCCCGUCAAGGACUGUCGCAUCGCAGACUUCCUGCUCAGGAAGAAACGCUUCGGCCAGUGGACCAAGCAGCUCACCGUCAUACGUGAAAACAAACUACAGUGUUACAAAAGCCCAAAGGAUCGCCUGCCACAGUUCGACCUGCCGCUUAACAUCUGUCAGGUCAUCUACGUGCCGAAAGAUGGCCGCCGCAAAAAGCACGAGCUUCGCGUCUCACUGCCAGGAGCUGAGGCCCUCGUCUUGGCCGUUCAAAACAAGGAGCAGGCCGAGAGGUGGCUCAAGGUGAUCCAGGAGAUGAGCAGCAAGGCCAUCAGCAGCACUGACACGCUGGACGGCUCUUCCUCUCCCAUGAUCCAACGCAAAAUGGACAUAGAGAAAAUGUUUAUAACAGACAAGCAUACCUCAGACUCCGAUAGCUUGGUCAAUGGUGACAGCAACACGUUAACUUCUAGCCAUGGGAGGGAAAGCUUUGAGUUGGCGAAGGGGAAGAAGGGCGCCCUGUCGGAGCUGACCGGCUCCAUGAGUCGCGCCGCUGGCAAGAAGAUCAACCGCAUCAUCAGCUUCUCCAAGAAGAAGCCCCCUCUGCCGGGAGAGCCGCACUCAGCCCCCGCCAUAGACCCACGCUGUGGCCACUUGAACGUGCUGGUGAACCAGAGCUGGCGCGAGCGCUGGUGCAGCGUGCGGGGCGGCACCCUGUUCCUCCACAAGGACCGCGGGGACGCCCACACCCACGUCAACUCCCUCCCGCUGCAGGGCUGCGAGAUCCUGCCCGGCCUGGGGCCCAAGCACCCCUUCGCCUUCCGCAUCCUCCGAGGGGGCAACGAGGUGGCCGUCCUAGAGGCGAGCUGCUCGGAGGAGCUGGGCCGGUGGCUGGGGCUGCUGCUGGCGGAGACGGGGGGAGCGGUGACCCCCGAGGCCCUGCACUACGACUACGUGGACGUGGAGACCAUCAGCCACAUCCAGGAUGCAGCCAGACACUCCUUCCUAUGGGCUACUUCAUCGAGCAGUGCUUCCUCUGAAACGAGGACUUAUGAUGAAGUGCCAUAUGAGAGUGUGAUGACACAAGAGGAGGCCAAACCCAAACGGCUGGGAUCUCAGAUCAAGCGUCACUCGUCCUUCUCCAGUGGUGAUGCUGCCAAGGCAGACACCCUGGUCUCGGUCAAGCGCAACGGCUCUUCAGCGAACCAAUAUGGGAAGUACGGGAAGACGAGAGCAGAGGAGGACGCUAGGCGAUACCUGAACGAAAAGGAGGAGCUCGAGAAACAGAAAGAGGUCAUCAGACAAGCACUGGUGUUACUACGGAAAGAGAAGAGGGACAUCAAGGAGGAACAGAAAACUGCAACAGCCAUGAAACAGAAGACGCUGGAGCAGCGUCUGGCCAAGCUGGAGGACAGGUGUCGAGAGAAGGAGAGCGAGCGUGUGGACCUGGAGCUGCGGCUCACAGAGGUCAAGGAGAACCUGAAGAAGUCUCUGGCCGGCGGCAUGCUAGGACCCCCCAUUGAGAGCAAACCUACAUCACCGUGUACAUCUAAGGUCCCGAGAAAAGCUGGAGGACUGGAGAUCACGUACAGUGAAUCCUCCGUGCCGGUGAACAGCGCGUCCGAGAUGAAAAAACGGCCUCCUUCCAUCUACGCCUCAAGCCGAGGAAAUGUGAUGCAGAAAGCAAAAGAGUGGGAAUCCAAGAAAGGAGCUUCUUGAAGUGAACUGAUCCAGCGAGAGGAGGAAGAAGAAGACUGCUCUAAAGUGAACAUGCAUGUGUGGCCGUCAUGUGGCAAUGCUUGAGUGCUGAGGGAAAUUACGGAUGUCAGUGUGUGCGCGCGUGUGUGUGUGUGUGUGUGUGUGUAAGAGUGUGCGCGUGCGUGUUUGCGUGUGUGCAUGGGUGUGAGUGUGUGGAGAUGUGGGCGUGCGUGCGUGUGUG